CCCCUGCGCAGGACGACCCCCGCGGUGCUGCUCUGGCAGUGGGUGAACCAGUCCUUCAACGCCAUCGUGAACUACACCAACCGGAGCGGAGACGCCCCCAUCACCGUCGGCCAGCUGGGGACGGCCUACGUCAGCGCCACCACGGGGGCGGUCGUGACGGCGCUGGGACUCAAGUCUCUCACUAAGCAUUUGCCGUCGAUUAUCGGCCGCUACGUGCCUUUUGCUGCCGUGGCAGCGGCCAACUGCAUCAACAUUCCUCUAAUGGGGCAGAGGGAGCUGAAAUUUGGGAUCCCUGUGAUGGACGAGGACGGGAACCGGCUGGGGGAGUCGAGGGCAGCGGCCCGCCAAGCCAUCACUCAGGGGGGGUCCCCCUCUCUCUCCCUGCAGCGGUACCCCUGGCUGAACGCCCCCUUGCAGGUCGGACUGGUGGGGUUCUGCUUGGUGUUCGCGACCCCGCUGUGCUGCGCGCUCUUCCCGCAGAAAAGCUCGAUGCGCGUCGCUCGCCUGGAGCCGGAAGUCCAAGCGCUGCUCCGGGAGAAGGCUCCCCACGCGGAGAUGGUCUACUUCAACAAAGGGCUUUAAGCCAGGCUGCCCCCGGUCUCCCUCGUGCGCCGCUCCAGGGAGAGAUCGGGGAACACGGCGGGACCCAGGUGUCCGGAGCUCCCGGGGAGAGCGUGAAGUGUCGCGCUAGCCGAACGCCCGUGCGCUGCUGCUUUGUUCUUGGCUGCCGUGUCGCCGUAGGCCCUGCGUGUCCCGCCUCGGACUCCGCUGACCCCUCGCAAUAGGUAGCGGGGGUGCUGCCGUAGCUUUGUCUUUCCUGGCCACACCACGAGCAUUCCCGUCUCCUCCCCGCAGGGCCCUCCCCCGCCUGCCCUCUGCCCAGCCCGCCUGCUGCCUACGGCCCCAGGCGGCUCCCCUUGCACGCCCAUUCUCGAGGUGCUUUGGGGGAGACGCAGUGUGGGCAGGGGCGCAAGGCGAGCCAGUGCCCAGGGCCACGCUGGGGCCUGCUCUGGUGGGAUUUCAGAAUGGACGCGAAGGGUAACUUUCGCCACGAGGCUGCGGAGAGCUCCCUGGCCGGGGGGAAGCUUUCCUGCCCUCGCCGUGAGGACGGGAGCUCCCCUGAUCUUCCCAAGGGAGGGCAUUUUCCGGAGAGGGAGCCAGUAUGACUGGCCUCGAGCGGCGUGGCUGGUUGGAGUAGAACCGUCCAAGGCGGGGAGCAGAUGCCUUUGCAGCAGGCUGGGGUCGCUGUGUGGGGCCUGGCUUGGCUGUGCCCUUUCUCUAGCUGCUCCGGGCGUCCCUCGUCCUUUUAGGGUCGGCCUGCUCUCGUUCCUCACAGCCUGGCCACGUUUGCUUCUCUGCGGGGUGCCAGACAGCGGCCCAGCCUGUCUGUGGGUUCGUAGAGCGCAACCCUGCUGCUCUGUUUGUAGACGCUCGUGUGGAACGAGAUCCCGGGGAAGAACCGACGAGGCAGCUUAGGGCAAAGUCUUUCACUUGGGUGGGGGUGUAGAGGUGGAGUUUUGGGGGGUCUCUGCCACAGGUGGAGAGCUAGCGGCAAUUCCUGAAGGCGGAGGAAGCUUGGAGCCCAAAUCCGUAUCUCUGCUGCGCACCUGGGCCCAGCCCUGCCAUUGGAACCGGGCGUUUGGACCCAGGUUUCAUGCAAGUUUGAAUUUGGGGGGCUCAGCCCCUGUGCACGUGAGAGAUCAUUGCUAGAUGCUGCCUGCCUGUCUGCACAGACCUUCCCUUCCGCCCGUUGCAUUGCCCCUUUGAAACGCACGGGUGGGGGGGUGGCGUGACGGAGAGUCAAACUGUAGGAAAAACGCAACACGGCAGUGUUAGGAUGCAAAAGACAGUCGCCCAGCACAAGAGAGAUCAGGGACAAAUCAGGCGCAAAAAGAGGAGAAAACCCGCUCCCCUUCCGUUACCUGAUGGAAUUCAACACUACCAGGAAUCCAGAGACUAGUCCAGUAAUCGCAGCUUAGAAUAUUUCUGGUUUGGGGUCUGAUCCUGAUUUCCGCAGGAGUUGUCCUGUGAGCCUCCGUGGCAGGCGUGGGAUUCUGAAUGCAGAAAUCUUUUAACCUUCCUAAAAUCAUUGAAUUGAGUAAGCUCACAGCCUGUCCUCGAAUACAGUGUUUCUCAACCAGUCGUACGAG